AUGGAUAACGGAAACAGUGAUCCUACCUCUAAACCUGCUGAGCUAAAGAUAUCCAAUAUCUCAGUUCAGGUGGUCAGUGCUCCAGGGAAGCUUCCAGGGAGACGACCCCCUCGACCCCCACGACCCCCUAGACCCCCACGGCCGCUGCGACCCCCACGACCACCUCGCCAACCCACUGGCAAAGCCAAACCCAACCAACAGCUUAAGAAGAAGACUCCCUUUUGGAACGUCCAAAAUAAAAUCAUUGUCUUGACGGUGUUUUUGUUCAUCCUAGCGGUCAUAGCCUGGACGCUUCUGUGGCUCUACAUCAGUAAGACAGAGAGCAGAGAUGCAUUUUAUUUUGUUGGGGUGUUUCGCAUCACAAACAUUGAGUUUCUUCCUGAGUACCGGCAGAAGGAGUCCAGGGAAUUUCUUUCGGUGGCCAGGACCGUGCAACAAGUGGUAAACCUUGUUUAUACAACAUCUGCCUUCUCCAAAUUUUAUAAGCAGUCUGUCGUGGCAGAUAUCAGCAGCAACAACAAAGGUGGCCUCCUUGUUCACUUUUGGAUUGUGUUUGUCAUGCCCCAUGCCAAGGGCCACCUCUUCUGUGAGGACUGUGUGGCGGCCAUCUUGAAGGACUCCAUCCAAACCAAUAUCAUCAACCGGACCUCUGUGGGGAGCAUGCAGGGCCUGGCGGUGGACAUGGACUCUGUGGUGCUAAACGCUGGACUUCGGUCAGAUUACUCUUCAACCAUAGGAUCUGAAACAGGCUGCUCUCAGUACUUCUAUGCCGAUCACCUGUCUCUCCGUUACCCUCUGGAGAUUUCUGCCACCUCAGGGAGGCUGAUGUGUCACUUCAAGCUGGUGGCCAUCAUGGGCUAUCUGAUUCGUCUCUCCAUUGAGUCCAUCCAGCUCGAAGCAGAUAAUUGUGUGACCGACUCGCUGACCAUUUAUGAUUCACUCUUGCCAAUCCGCAGCACCAUCUUGUACAGAAUUUGUGAGCCUACAAGAACCCUAAUGUCAUUUGUUUCUACAAACAACCUCAUGUUGGUGACUCUUAAGUCUCCUUAUAUACGGAGGCUCUCAGGAAUCCGGGCAUAUUUUGAGGUCAUUCCCGAACAAAAAUGUGAAAACACAGUGUCGGUCAAAGAAACCACUGGCUUUGAAGGAAAAAUUUUAAGUCCGUAUUACCCAAGCUACUAUCCUCCAAAAUGCAAGUGCGUCUGGAAAUUUCAGAGUCCCCUGCCAACAUUUGGCAUUGCACUGAAAUUCCACAACUAUUCAAUAACUAAGAAGACUACGAAAGGCUGUGAGCACGGAUGGUGGGAAAUUAAUGAACAUAUGUACUGCGGCUCUUAUAUAGAUCAUCAGACGAUAUUCCGAGUGCCUAGCCCUCUGGUUCACAUUCAGCUCCAGUGCAGUUCAAGGCUCUCAGACAAACCACUUGUGGUGGAAUAUGGCAGUUAUAACAUCAGUCAACCUUGUCCUGUUGGAUCUUUUAGAUGCUCCUCGGGUUUGUGUAUCCCUCAGGCCCAGCGCUGUGAUGGAGUCAAUGACUGCUUUGAUGAAAGUGAUGAGCUCUUCUGUGUGAACCUGAAGCCAGCCUGCAACAGCAGCUUUUUCCGGCAGCAUGGCACCCUGGUGUGUGAUGGCUUCCGGGACUGUGAGAACGGCCAGGAUGAGCAGAAUUGCACGCAGAGUGUCCCAUGUACCAACAGAACGUUUAAGUGCAGCAAUGAUGUUUGCUUUAGGAAGCAAAAUGCCAAGUGUGAUGGUAUCCUGGAUUGUCUAGAUGGAAGCGAUGAAGACGGCUGCAGCUGUCCCAGGAGCUCCUCCUCCCUCCAACGAAUCAUCGGGGGCUCUGACUCCCAGGAAGGGGCCUGGCCAUGGCAGGUCAGCCUCCACUUUGUUGGAUCUGCCUAUUGUGGUGCCUCUGUCAUCUCCAGGGAAUGGCUUCUCUCUGCAGCCCACUGUUUCCAUGGAAACAGGAUGUCAGAUCCCACACCAUGGACUGCUCAUCUAGGGAUGUAUGUACAGGGGAAUGCCAAGUUUGUCUCCCCUGUGAGAAGAAUCGUAGUCCAUGAGUACUAUAACAGUCAGACGUUUGACUAUGACAUUGCCUUGUUACAGCUCAGUAUCGCCUGGCCUGAGACCCUGAAACAGCUCAUUCAGCCAAUAUGCAUCCCUCCCACUGGCCAGAAAGUCCGCAGUGGGGAGAAGUGCUGGGUGACUGGCUGGGGACGAAGGCAUGAAGCAGGUGUGUGGUGUUCCCCUCCCUACAGGCCACCUAAUGUAUGUUAGGGUAGCACUGGACUCUUGCAGUUCUGGGGUGGGGGCAAAUGUGGUCACACUUGACAUUGUCUUUUCAUGCAGGGGGAUUCAGGUGGACCUUUAUCAUGUCGAAGACAAAGUGAUGGGAAGUGGGUACUGACUGGCAUUGUCAGCUGGGGACAUGGAUGUGGAAGACCUAACUUUCCUGGUGUUUACACAAGGGUGUCAAACUUUGUUCCCUGGAUUCAUAAGUAUGUUCCUUCUCUUUUGUAA